AUCUCGAUAGCUCCAAAACCUCCAAACCUCAAAAAUCAAAAAAUCAAAAAUCCACCUAGAUGAAGACCCGGGAGCCUCAAUAAUAAUUCCUCCUCUCUCACCUUCACACACACACAUAAGCUGGGUCUCGUCUCAAUGAUUCGGAACCCGCUCCACUCGGCCGUCGGCCGCGCACGACCAGACAUAAACCGGGUCGCCGACGGCAUCGCCGCCUCGCUGCGACAGUUCUCCAUAUCCGCGCGACGGGGCGCCGCCUCCGACAACAACAACAACAACAACAACAACAACGACGAUAAUGACCGGCCCUCCAGCCGCCUGCGAGCCGCGGCCGCUUUCAACGAUCUGAUCGCUUCCGUGGACGGCACGUUCAAUAAGCCGACAGGACCGUUAUCCCCAUCAUCAUCAAGACCUGCCGCCCCCGAAGAUGCUUCGCCCCCCCGCCCGCCGAUCCGAGCUCUGGGCUCCAAUGUGAUUUCGCUCGCGAGCUUACCUCGCGGCGGCUUCAAAGGCAUUAGGAGGGUUGACGGGGACGGGCGGGCCGUUGAGCCAGGCGGCAGCGGUGGUGGGGGUGGUGGUGGUUUCGGCGGUGGUGGCGGCGCGCCAAAUAUCAUCCGAGGCGGCUUCCGCGGGCGCGGAGGAGGAGGAGGAGGCUCCUUUUUCCGAGGUCGCGGCGGCGGCGGUGGACCAAUGGGCGGCAACCGAGACGACCGACCACGCCGCGGGCGCGGGCGCGGUGGCGGCGCCGGCAGAGGUGGUCGAGGUGGUCGAGGUGGUCGGGGUGGCCGAGGAGGGCGCGGCCGCCGAGACAGGGACGACGCGGGGCGGAAGGGACGAGAGGAGGACGAGCUGGACAUGGGCCUGAUGUACGACUCGUCGGUGCGGGAGUACAUGGCGUCGAAGGAGAUGGGCGUGGACACGCCGUACAACCCGGCCCUGUCCCUCGACAUCCUCGCGGGCUGGGGCCCCGCGCUCGCGACCUCGCGCACGCCCUUCAGCACCGGCGAGGCCGUCAUCCGCCAGGCGCGCAUCCUCGGCAGCGGCCGCCCCUACCACCCGCUCGCCCUCGAGCCCCCCGUCGACCUCGUGCAGUCGUGGGCCAACAAGAACGGCGCCUUCGUGCCCCCCUCCGAGGAGGGGCAGGCGUGGAAGAAGAACGUCAUGAAGGGCCGGAAGUUCGAGGCGCCCGAGGAGGUCAAGGCCGCGGUGCUCGAGGACGCGGUACUGGGACGCUACGAGGGGCCGAAGUACGCGGAGCCGAACGACACGCUCGCUAUGGUCAGGAGCUAUGUCAAGAGGGAUGGCACGUGGAAUGUCGGUGCCGAGAGGGCCAUCGAGCAUAAGGUCAAGACUUUGCUUAGGCUGUAGUAAGCUGAGCAGGGUAGCGGUGGGGCUAUCAUAAGAAGUGAGGGCCGUCGUUGCUAGUGAUAUGGCGAUCCUUUUCUAUCACCUUUUUUUUACUAAAAAAAAAAAAAUAGGGGGGAAGAAUUAAAAAGCUCUGACUUGGGCUCUACAUAGGCCUGGGUAUCUUGCCUCGUCUCGUAUGAUCACGCGAGUCAAGGCGCUUGUAACAACAACAACACUUGAGCCAGUGAGUGUACAUUUUAUACUGCCUACGUAGGUUAGGUUAGGUUAGGUACAUACACAUACAAAAACACACUCGCAGCAUA